AUGGGAAGACCUCCUUGCUGUGACAAAGUUGGGAUCAAGAAAGGUCCAUGGACCCCUGAGGAGGACAUCAUCCUAGUGUCUUAUAUUCAAGAACAUGGUCCAGGAAAUUGGAGAUCAGUUCCUACCAACACUGGGUUGUUAAGAUGCAGCAAAAGUUGCAGGCUUAGAUGGACUAAUUACCUCAGGCCAGGAAUUAAGCGAGGCAACUUCACACCCCAUGAAGAAGGGAUGAUAAUUCACUUGCAAGCUUUAUUGGGUAACAAAUGGGCAGCCAUAGCUUCAUAUCUUCCCCAGAGAACAGAUAAUGAUAUAAAGAACUACUGGAACACCCACCUGAAGAAGAAACUAAAGAAGUUCCAAUCAGCUUUGGACCCAAUGGCACAAGACUCAGCAAGCAGUCAGUUCAUGUCAAAAAGUUUCAGUGAGAGAAAGAGCAUAGAUAAUUUCACCACCGAUUCCUUAGUCCUCAGCAAGCCUAAUAAUCAGGCCACCACAUAUGCAUCAAGUACCGAAAACAUUUCGCGGCUUCUUGAAGGUUGGAUGAGAUCAUCUCCAAAGCCGAAAGGUACUGAUCUUCUCAAAGAAAAUUGGGAGCAAAACAUCAACAGCCUGGAAAACAAUGAUCAUAGCAUUGGCAAUUCAGCGGCUACAAAUUCUCUUCAAUCUUACAGGCCAAAACCUGAGCAAGAAAGUGGUGAUCUAAUCUCUCACGAAGAGUUUGAGUCCAUUUUAUCACUUGAGAACUUGAAUAAUGUUGCAUGGGACAAGUCCUCUUGUGAUUCUGCUAAUGUUACUACUACUACAAAGGGUUUCCAGAACUCUGCAAGUGACGAGAAGGACAAUAUCACAAUGACUGAGACGAAGCAGAAAUCUGAGAGCGCUCCCCACUUAUCAUUUCUUGAGAAAUGGCUCUUGGAUGAAAAUGGUGCUGGUCAAGUGGAAGAAAUUAUGGAGCUAUCUCCAAUAUUCUGA